UGCUCUCACACACACACACAUGGGAAGACACAGCAGUGAUGGAAUAACAGAGGAGGCAUGAACGUGCAGUGUAGGCGGACGUGUGUGUGUGUGUGUGUGUGUGAGAGAGAGAGAGCAUGUGUGGAGGAGGACAGAGUGUGUUUGAGGACAGACAGUAGAGUGUUUGCCAGCCUGAGGUGCGGAGCAGGGUCGAGUUAAACGAGCCUCCAGGAUUUUUUGGUUUGCAGCAGUGCAGCAGGAGCAGAAGAAUGUUUUCAGCCACAGUCCUGAAAGUGUGGAAUCUUAAAAUAAGAUGCAAGGACCAGACUCAGAGGCCUUAAACGGAAAGUCCCCUUAAUUACACCUGUGCACUCAUGACAUGAUGACUUUACAGCUCUUAAAGAGGAGAGAGAAAAGAAGUAAUGCAGCAUAUUAGUGCAGUGUUGAACUGUGCAAGUGGAUGGACUGCAACUCCAUGACAUAAUAAAGACAGAUCAAGCUUGAGUCAUAGCUCUGUCACAACUUGGCUCAGUGAUGAGUUUGUCAGAGGCCAGGGAGAGCUUCCAGGUCAGGGACAAAGGUGGAUCUUACAUAGGUCUCCCUCUUCACACAGCAGGAGACGUCAACGGGAAUGAUUUCUCAGUUUCCUCUUCUUCCCCAUCCUCCUCUUCCUCCUUCUACUUGGGGGAGUCGUCUCCCGAGUCACUCCGCAGUUUGAGCAGCCUGAGCGGGGGCCAGACUGACAACCCACUGGACUACGAUAUGUUUGAGGUCACCCUCACAACAACAGUGCUGACCAAAAAAACAGAUGUUGUCAUUUCAAAAUGGUUGCCAAAGGAGGACGGUGAAGCAAAUGACUGUGAAGACGCCUCAGAGGGAAAGAUUCAAAUGGCAAAGGAGCGGUCAGAGUCCAACGACAACUCUGUGUCCAUUUACCUGGACGCUAGCAGUGGUGAUUACUGCCAGGAUGACUGGAACGAUAAUGACAACCUGACUGUUGCCCAGUCACUGUCAACAAACAGCUGUAGUUGUGGCAAUAAUGACGACCUCAGCAGUGGAAGUGGAAGAAGACACGACUCCUCAACUCAAGAUUCAGAUGCAACAGAGGUCCCUGUUGAUGAUGAUGAUGAUGAUGAUGAUGAUGAGGAGGAAUCGGCUUUGUUUCAGUCUGUAAGCUCUGAGCUCGGUGCAGAGAGAAGCAGCUCAGCAAUGAUUCCAUGUGGCUGUGCUGCAGCGAUGGAAGGCACUGGGACUGUGAUGGCAGCAGAGCUGCUGUUGGAAAGGUCUGAGGUCAGCUGUCCCCUGGAUCUACCAAUGGACAACAAAUCAGAUUCUCGUACUUCAGAGAUACCGAAUGAAAAGAUUCAGAUCUUGUCUGUCUUGUCUCAAGAUUCUAAAGAGCUUGCGUCUCCUGAGGAAUCAGAAAAACGUGCAGUGGCUUCAAAACCCAGCCGAACCAGCACCAGUCAGCCUGGCAGAGCUGUGAAAACCAAACCAACCACUGCUCCUCCUACUACUACUACUCAAAAGACCACAACCUCUGCAGGCAUCAAACUGUCCAGCAUGGAGACAAAGAGAGUUUCCAAACCAGACCUGAAAAAUGUCAAGGCUAAAGUGGGGUCACGACCCACUACGACCCUUGCUAAAGCACCUAACCAGCAGAUCAAAUCUGCUCCAGCCACUGGAAAGAAAGUUGUUUCUAGGAAGGAAGAAGUUCAGACUGGGGAUGGGGUUAAAAGUCAAAGGUCAUCUACUGAUCCAUCUAAAGUGGCCGUGGUGCAGAAACCCAUCAGAGGGAGGAUGAGUAACCUCAAAACAACAGCCACUGACUGUAUUGUGCCAGAGAAGGAGAGUGCAGCUGUCAGUCCCCCGGGGUGUGAAGUGUUUGAGGAAGGUCUUGUGGACACUUCCAGGAAAGCUGCCCAGGAAGUGCCUGACAAACACUGUACAGCUGAGAGUGUGGAGAUCCACACAGGUGUAGAUGCUGGUGUGAAGGACCCAGUGGAAGGAACAGUAGAGGUUGUAAUGUCAGAGGUCGCCUCUGUGGAAAAACCAAGGAGUCACAACAGGAAAGUCUCCUCCAAGCUGGGGUCAAGUGCCAGGCAGCAGGGGAAAAGCCCCAGAGUGGACAAGGCCUGUGGAGCAGCUGCACCUCCAGGCUCAGGGGCUGGACCUCCAGGACAGGGGAGCCCCGGACUUAGGGAAACCCAGAAUGAAAGCUCCAUGUUGGGAGACGUUGGACAGAGUGCUGGGGCAGGAUCUCCAACAAGAAUGAGGCAGACCCAGAGCCAGAGUAUUCCCAAACCUCGCACCACCACAGAGCGAGCUGCCCCGGGUCUCACAUCCUCCAUCUUCAAACCAGUCCCAGCCAAUCAGCAGUCAGCAGCGGUGUCUGCCGGACGACCUGCUGCCCCCACGGCGUCAAAACUUCCUGUUAAGGGAUUAUCUGCAACCCUGAGUGUUCCAUUAGUGGGACGCACUGACAACAAUGGAGCCACCAGCAAAGCUUCUGCAGCUCCAGCAGGGAUCAGACCAGAGGAGCGAGCCAGCAGAGGCAUGUGUCCUGUGGGCAGCCAGAAUGCGACAAAUCCACCCGGAUCCAGCACCACAGCUGCCGCCAGUGAGGCUGUUAUCAGUACUAACAGUGCUGCUCCAAAGGCACCUUUGAUGAGGACCAGAGCUCUGUCUCUGCAGGCCAGGACCACUGCUACAGGUCUGAAGGCGCCAACAGCCUCGAAUCACAACACAAGUAAGAUCACAGCAGUCAAUCAGACAGCGGUGAAGGCCGCUCCCUCUGCUCAUCAGGCCUCCAACAAGCAGACCUCCCAGUAUCCCUUGCAAAGAAGUGGCUCGGCGAGGCUCAGUCGACUGAACAGCACAGUCUGGGCUCAGCAGCUCUGCAUGACUGACUGGCAGACUCCAGUGGACAAAAACAAACCCAGGGAGGCUCCGGCAAGAUCCACCAACACCACCACCAAUACCACUGCAGCCGCCACUGGUGGAGGAACCAGCCUCAACCGACUGCAGCCCCAACCUGACCUGGUACUAGAUGUACCAGUCGCCGAAGUCACCAACCCCGGAUCAUGCACUACAGGAACCUCUGGACUUGGGUUCAAAGGGAGAACUGGGUCACGGUCCAGCCCCAAGACUGGAUCCCGGCUACAGAAUGCUUUCAAACCUGGUGUGGCCAGGGCUGCAACGACAGACGGGACAGCAGUCACCGCCAAACAGAACCAGAGCAAAGAGCAGGCAGAGAAGAAGAACCAGGCCAUCACCCAGUUGAAGAGGCUCCUCGCCCAGGGGAAUAAGAGAGUGGAGGCUCUUGCUACAGUUAUCCAGUAUCUCUUCUCUGAGCGUGAGGAGUCUUUGAAGCAGAAGAAGGAACUGUCGCUGGAACUGGCAAACCUGCGCGACGAGCUGGUUGUGUCGACACAGUCCUGUGAGCGUCUGCAGAAGGAGAGGGAUGAGGUGCGUGUCAGUCGGGAGGAGGCUCUCAAAAGGCUGGAGGAGCAGCACAAGGAGGAGCUGGUGCAGCUGGAGGACAGACUAAGGAGUUUCUACCAAACAGAGUGGGACAAGGUCCACCAGAUGUACCAGGAGGAGGCUGACAAAUGUCGCAUGUUGAUGGAGCAACAGGUGGAGGAGCUGAGGAGUCAGCAUGAAGCAGAGAAGAAGAAUCAUGAAGUGAGUCACAGCCAGAAGAUGGAGUCUGUCAAACAGCAGUAUGAGAACUCCAUACAAGAGCUGAAGAGAAUCCAGCAGACAGAUCUGGAGAACUUGCAGACAACACUGGCAGAGACUGAAACUUCUCUCUCAGAGAAAAUAACUGAGCUGUCUGCAGAGAAGGAGGCCCUGAGUGAGAGGCUGCAAGCAGAGGAGGAGAGGAGGAGGCGGAUACUCACUGACAAGAAUUUGAAGGACUCCCACACUGUGUACCUGGAGCAGGAGCUGGAGAGUCUGAAGGUGGUGCUAGAGAUCAAGAACAACCAGCUGCACCAGAAGGAGAAGAAGCUCAUGGAGAUGGACAAACUGGUGGAGACAAACGUGAAACUGGAAGAGUGUCUGACCAAGGUCCAGCAGGAGAACGAGGACUACAAGGCCAGGAUGGACAAACACGCGGCUCUCUCCAAGCAGCUGUCCAGUGAACAGGCAAAACUCCAGCAGACGCUGCAGAAGGAGUCAAAGGUCAACAAGCGUCUAUCCAUGGAGAACGAGGAGCUGCUGUGGAAGCUGCACAAUGGUGACCUGCUGGCCAGUCCCCGCCGCCUCUCACCCACCUCACCCUUCAACUCACCCAGGAACUCUGCCUCCUUCCCCACAGCUGCACCCUUAUCUCCCAGAUAACCUGACAGAAACAGCCCCCUUCUCUGUCCUCUCUUCUGACCUCUCCACAUCACCUUCUUAAGACUUGAAAGGACAGAAGAGAGAGACACUCGAGCCGCAGCAGUGUUGUUGGAUAUUAAUCAUGUGAUAGACUUGUACAUUUGGAAUUAAUUGUAUAAAAAGAUGCUUCUUUUGAAAGCAAGAGGACAUUGCAGUGGCACUGAUGCACUUAAGUCUGAGCAUGGGACUGACCUUGCUCUCUAUCAGUCUCUACCAAAUGCCUGGUUCACCAACAAACCUUUUUCUCUUCUGGAAACCUAAACAACAGGCACACCUCAGGGUCUGUACAUAGUCUCACCCUCGUUAUGACUAUCCAAACCCUUUUUUUGUUUAAUGUUCUUUUGUUGUACAGUUGUAUUUCCAGGCUCACCUUGUUCUUUUUGUACGCCUCUUUAUUACAGAGGUAGGUGAGAAAAAACAAUGUUUGGAUUAGUGGUGUGUGUAGGUUUUGUGAAAACGGUGUCGGAGUUGGCAGAUUGGUCUUCUUGUUGGAUUUGGAAUCUUUUGCCUUUUCCCUUCAUGUAAAGACAAUUUUCCAAAGAGCGACGCUCAAUCACUGAUCUGCUCUGGAUCUCUAGAAGUUUAUGAACUUAAGAAACCUGUGGGACUGACCUUGUAUUGCUGACAUGGACCUUAGAAUCAAUGGAUGCCUGUUCCUCUGUGUAAGCUCCUCAAAACCUCAACCUUAAUCUAUCUACUAUGUGGAAUGUAUUCUCCUCCUGGGAUGUUCAAUCUGAGCUGGCAACUUCAGACACACACACACACACACACACACACACACGUGCGCGCUCUGUGUCAGAGCCAAACAUGUAGUCAGGGUGGUGAUGCCCCUCCCUCCCUAUUUCCCUCUUUAUUUAAAUCUCUCACAAACUAAGUGUACAACGUCUCCACAUCCCUUAAAACCACCUGACUCGCAAACAGAAGCUAACGUGGACUAAAAAUGUGUGUUGAUGUGGGUCACAAACAGAAUCACCACACACAAAAAAAAACCCACCCAUGAUCAUUUACAGAGUUAACUCCCACAUGCUCCUUAAAGCUGCAGUCGGCAGGAUCACUGGAAAAAUAGUAGAAUGUUGAGAUUCACUCUCUGAGGUUGGACAGUUGUUUCACACCUGACAGGUGACGUGAGGUAAUCUCUCCUUCUUCUUUGAAACUCUGCGUUUUAUUGCACCUUAUUCUCUUUUAGAUACUUUUUAAAAGGUUUUCUUCAGAGUGUAGGCAACUGUUGCUAAUGGUGAAAUCAUUCCACUAAAGGGACCUGUAUGCACAGCAGCCAAUAGGGAUGCCUGCUCACUAUCUGAACUGCCCUGUGAUUGGUUAAAACCUCCCGCGAUAAGCAAAGUCUUUAAAACAGAGCCCAGAGUAGGUGUAGAAGUGUUUGAUUCAUUGAUUUUCACUAUACUUAAAGUGUAUUCGAUCCUGUCCACUGUAGCUUUUAUUGGCAGACACUGAUAUCAACAAACUCAUUCUAAGCCUCAGAUGUACCCAUAACGCCUCAAGGGUUCCAUGUUCUGUUUACUUUUGGACACAGAAUAAAUAUGAUAUAUGAUUUAAAA